UGACUGCAGGAGGCUCCUUGCCCAUCUUCCAUCAUCACUUAAUAGUAGUGCAACACCCACAGCAGCUGCCUGUGGGGUGUGUGUGUGCAUUAGUGCAGCAAGCACUUGAAAUUGGUGGAUGGGGGGGAAUGGCUGGAGGUGAAGACAACUGAUGGCUGCUCCUGUUGCUUUAUGGCCUCUCCUUCAUUUCUGUGCUCCUCUAAACUGGAAAUGAGCAGAGGAUGAGUGCGUCACACUACAAGGGCUGUAUUUGUUUUUAGCUUUCAGAUGCAUUCCUUCUGCCUUACAUGGCCACAGUCGGGCAGUCGUAUUUUAAACUGUUAGCAUUUAGAGCAGUUGUUCUCCAACACAAUCAAAUCAGACUUGCUUGUGUACCUCCUGUAAAACCUAACCCACGGGCAGGGGGCUGUUAUCUCUGUUUCAGUGACGGGCUGAUCAGAGGCUGCCUUGCUGAAGUCAGUUUGGUAUCUGUCUUCCCACGCUCUAUGUAGUGUCUCAAAGGCUCUUGGAGAAGGGAUUCAGCCUCAUCUCACCUGUAGCAGCUGGCUUUCUCAUCACUGGAACAGCUUUCCUCUCAGACAUUAAACCUGAGUGUCUUCAUUCCAGUCCAGGAGACUUACUUAUUUGUAAGGUUGCAGCAUGUAUGUAGAUAUGCAGAUACCCAGGAGACAAGAGGAGGUCUGUCAGAUAAGUUGCUAUCCUCCAACUCUGAAAUCCACAGCUUUCUCUGUGGACUAAAAUUUAAGUAAUCAGUCUAAAACAUAAAUGGAACUGGUAUAUUGUGCUGUUAUCAGUCACGGUGGCUAUGAGGAAAAAGACUAAGCACUGGGGAUUUGUGUGUGUGCACACAUGCAACCGUCUAUCUUCAGCUGCUUUCUGUAAAGGCGAUGCUAAAUGUAGUGAGAAAAAGCUGGAGGAAAGAAAAGGCAACCAACAAACACCUGAAACUCACAAAAGAAAUAGCAGAUCUAUUAUUUUUUCGCUCACGGAAUCGCUGAGGUUGGAAGGCACCUCUGGAGAUCGUGCAGACCGACCCCUGCUCGGAGCUGGCUGCCCUCGGCCUCCGUGUUGCCUGAUGCUUGGACUGUAUAGUUAGGAAAAUCCAGAAUUCAGCAUUCUUGAUGAGGAGAGCACACUGCUGAAGGUUAAGAAAACAACACACCUAAGUUAUUUAAUAUGUUGAAAUUCUGUUGUGUACACACUCGUCCUCCUGCUGAGCUUAAUGGAAAUGUGUGUGUAUUCCUCUGACCUAGGCCACCAUUUAGUCACUGUCUUUGUAUUCUUAUAAAUGUAAAGUGUCUUGAUUGUAAUAGAACUAUUUAUUUUGCCUCUUUUUUUCCCCCUUUCAUCACUGAUUCCCUUUUCUACCCUGAAGAGAAUUAAAUUUCCUACCUGUGAACUCAACUGCUGUUGCAGCAAGUUGAAAGACAGGAUGCUAAAUGCGUUUGUUGGUACUUAUUGAGAAUGUCUACAUUGUAGUCACAGAAGUAAUUGCAGUUUCAUGCAAAUAUACUCAAUCUAGCUUGGUAUAUGCAAAUACACCAAAUCAGCUAGUUCAAGCGCCAAUAAUGAUCUAGCCACACUCUGAUGGGGUUUGUAAUAAGCUAGCAUACCCUGCUGCUGCUCAGGCUAAUUUAUGGUGCUCGUAUAUACAUUGCAACCACAUGACCAUGUCCUUUACUCCUGCAUGACGUGCUUGUGGGUGUUUUUUAAUUAUUUAUCCUUUUUGCUAGGAAAAACUCUUUUUCACACUUCGCAUUUCAAAAGCCCUUUCCUCUGAGGAAUUUGCUAUAUGGUCAGACAGAGCUAAGGUUAAAUGGUGACCUUGUUUGCUCGGGAGACAUGGAUGCUUCUGGCAUGGAUCUCAUCAUUGUCCUGGUGCAGGGCUCCUUUGGCAGAAAACAUCUUUCAAGAGAGCAGUGUCCUUUAUUUUUAACUUAUCUCACUGAAGUCAAAAGCUUUUACACAUGUGUGGGAAGUCAGGGAAUUCAUAGCCACUUUUUUUGAGUUGUAACCACAGUAAUGCAGUGGUGUUGCGUGAAGGAAAUGAGAAAAAUGGAUAGCCAGAUUGGAAUGAUUCAGGAAUUUAACUCUGUGAGAAUGCUGAUAUAGAUUGAAGGUGAUGUUUGGUUUUACACCGACAGCACAAAAAUGUGCUCUGAGCGGCCAUGUGCUUGGGAAGUGGUUUCUGUGUUGUCUUAGUAAAGAAAAUGCCACAAGAAGCAUGGCAGUUCGUGUUUCUUAAGAACUGCUUAGUGUGCAGGAUUUGACAACUUUGCAGAAUUAUAUACCUCUUCUUAUACCACAAGACUCACUCUUCAUACGCAAGGACUUAUAACCAUGGUUCCAAUUAAUGUAACUCCUGUACGUAAAUGUCCAGCGCUGCCUCUUUUGUCUUGUGCAAACAUCCCAGCUCACGUGUGGUGAAUUGUUUUGGCAGUUGCUUUUCCAUUACCAGUGGGGGAGAAUCGUGAAAAGCUACUGUCUAGACCUACUUGCAGAACUAUUAUGGCGAAAAGAAUAAUCUUACAGGAGAAGUUCCUAUUUCCAGGACCUAUUUGUACAUUCUGACUCCUCUCCGUAUAAUAGGAUUACACAUUUCUUAUCACAACUGCAAACUGGAUGUGUGCCAGCCAUAAACUGUGCACAGUGUAACAAUAUGAUUGCAGGCAAUUUUUUUCCCCUGCCUUCCUCUUUCUCUCCAUUCCUUCUCACUCUGGGUUAAGGGAAAAAAAUAUCAUAUUAGACAGUGUGGGAUGAAUCAGAGCAUCACUUAAAACAUUACUAUAGCCUGGCAUAUAGAAGCAAAACCACUUGACCAAUGGGAACUAAUUACAGACAAGAAGUGUGCCUUAGGAGAAAAAGAUAUUGAUGUUUGAAGUGUUUCUUUAAUGCAUAUGUUUGAAUUUGGGGGUAGAAUUAAGAUUCUGUUGCUUUGAGGGAAUCUUCAUCUAUUCAUAUGGUAAAUGUGGGAUUGAUGCCUAUAGCUGAAUGAUUAUGGACAGACACACAUUGCAUUGCUGUUUUAUUUAACAUGUGAGUUUGAUUUACAUAGCACUAUUGCAGUAAUUCUGUCUGCAGCGUGCCGGACUGCAAUAUAUUAAACAGGUAAAAUAAUUUUGGGCUGAGGUAACUUAAAGCUAAAUAAAUGCUGGAGAGGGAGAUCCGAGCAUGUGCUCAUUACCUUUAAAUAGGUUAAAUAAAGGGGGAAAAAAACGCAACCAACACCCACACCAUGAAAAACAAAAACAGACCAACAAACAAUUUUAAAUGCAUGACCAGAAGUGGAAUUCUUUUAUGGUUCUUACGGUUAAAUGUUUAUCUAGCUAUCUGCAGGGAAAUGUGUAUUUUCUUGGAGUCUGGCCAGGUGUCAGUGGUGUUUGGCAAGGAGAAGGCGACCCAGAUUGCCCUCCCUCAGCAUCCAUACCAAGCGCAUUCGCUACAGCUAUUUCGGGAUUUUUAAACUUUAGUCUGGGAAAGUGCAAUACGUCUGCUGGGAUGAGCUGCAAGCAGCCGUUGCGGCGGCUCAGCCUCUGCUGAACAUGGGCUGAAUUGAGAACAAACGUGGCAAUGUCAGUGGCAUUUGGAAUCUGCUCUGUGUCUCGAGGCUGCAAAAAUAAGAAUGUCUGUGUCACUUCUGAAAUACCUUCUCGCAGUGGAGAGGCACGCUCUCGAGUUCCCUUUGAGAAGCAGCCGCCCUUCACCGAGAUGUCACGGCACCACAGCCGGUUUGAAAGAGAUUAUCGGGCCGGGUGGGAUCGCCGGGACUGGAGCUCCAACGGCAACCACGUCGGCAGCACCAACUGCAGCAGCGCCGCCAGCACCACCAGCACCAACCGCCCCGGGCUGCUGCCCCUGCCCAUCGUCCCCUCCCGGCUCCCCACCCCAGCCACCGCCGCCUGCACCACGGGCAACAGCGACGUGAUCACGAGCCUGGUGGCCAACUCGUCUCCGGCUUCGACGACCAAAGCACCUUGCAUUUCCAAGACUGAAAAUCAGCCUCAAGGACUUGCAACUAGCGUUAGGUGGGGACAGACACCCAUCAAUCAGUCUACACCCUGGGACACUGAUGAGCCACCCUCUAAACAGAUGAGGGAGAAUGAAAACCCAGGUGCAGCGCCCUGGGUCACCACGGUGGCGGCCGGCAGCCAGCCCGCCCUCAUCACCCACUCCUACGGGAUGACGCAGCCGCCCACCUUCAGCCCGGCCGCCAACGUCCAAGCCCCUGUCAUCGGCGUCACACCUUCCCUCCCUCCGCACGUCACCCCCCAGCUCCCGCUGAUGCCGGCUCACUACCAGCUCCAGCCGCAGCCCUCCCAGCCCCUCAGCAACAUGGUGGUCAACCUCCAGAGCCAGCCCUUGUACACCAACAGCCAGCCCCUCAGCAUGCCCUCCAUGAGCGGCGUGGGCCCGGUGGCCCACCCGGGCCCCGGGGCGGUGGGCAAUGGCCACCUGGCUUGUCCCAUGCUGCCACCACCGCCGCCAGCUCUGCCCUCGGCCGCCCUGCCCAGCAGCGCGCCCACCACCAACGGGCAGGCAGCCGCCCCGCUGCCCCCCAACACAGCGGGGGGCCCGGACAACACCAACAGGGUGCAGAUGCUGCGGACAAUUGGCGUGGGGAAGUACGAGUUCACGGACCCCUGGCACCCCAAAGAAAUGUUGAAGGAGUUGAACCAGCAACGCAGAGCGAAAGAGUUUACAGACCUGAAAAUUAUUGUUGAAGGCAAAGAGUUUGAAGUCCACCAAAAUGUUCUAGCUUCCUGCAGCUUGUAUUUCAAGGACCUGAUUAAAAGGUCACCGCGAGACAGUAGCAGAAGCGGGGAGAAGCUGGAAUUGGCCAUGUCCAACCUCACUGCGGAUGUCCUGGAAUUACUCCUGGAGUUUGUUUAUACAGGUUCUUUGAUCAUAGAUUCAGCCAAUGCAAAAACCCUUCUGGAAGCUGCCAGCAAGUUCCAGUUUCAUACUUUCUGUAAAGUCUGCGUCUCGUUUCUAGAGAAACAGCUGACUGCUAGCAACUGUUUAGGAAUAUUAGCCAUGGCUGAAGCCAUGCAGUGCACUGAGCUAUACAACAUGGCCAAAGCAUACGCCCUGCAGAUUUUCCCAGAGGUGGCAAACCAAGAAGAGAUCCUUAACAUCUCAAAAGACGACUUCAUUUCCUACAUGUCCAACGACAGCUUGAACACCAAAGCAGAGGAGCUGGUGUAUGAAACAGUGAUAAAGUGGAUUAAGAAGGACGCUGCAAUCAGAGCUCAGUACGCCGCGGAGCUGCUGGCAGUGGUGCGCCUCCCCUUCAUCCAUCCCAGCUAUCUGCUGAACGUUGUUGACAACGAGGAGUUGAUAAAGUCUUCGGAGGCCUGCCGGGAUCUGGUGAAUGAAGCCAAGCGUUAUCACAUGCUGCCGCACGCCCGACAGGAGAUGCAGACACCGAGGACCCGACCCAGGCUCUCUGCAGGUGUAGCUGAGGUGAUAGUCUUAGUUGGGGGUCGUCAGAUGAUUGGCAUGAAUCAACGAGCUUUAACAGCAGUCACUUGCUUAAAUCCUCAAAACAACAAGUGGUACCCCUUGGCCAGCCUUCCCUUCUAUGAUCGGGAGUUUUUCAGCGUGGUCAGCGCUGGAGACAACAUUUAUCUCUCAGGCGGCAUGGAGUCGGGUGUCACGCUCGCCGAUGUCUGGUGUUACAUGUCCUUGCUCGAUAACUGGAACCUCGUGUCCCGAAUGACAGUCCCCAGGUGUCGACAUAACAGUCUGGUGUACGAUGGGAAAAUAUAUACCAUUGGAGGGGUCGGAGUGGCAGGCAACGUUGACCAUGUGGAAAGGUACGAUACAAUCACCAACCAGUGGGAGACCAUCGCUCCUCUGCCCAAGGCCGUGCAUUCGGCCGCUGCUACUGUUUGUGGUGGGAAGAUCUACGUCUUCGGUGGGGUGAACGAAGCCGGACGAGCUGCCGGGGUCUUGCAGUCCUACAUCCCCCAGACUAAUUCGUGGAGUUUUAUAGAGUCUCCAAUGAUCGAUAACAAAUAUGCUCCUGCAGUCACUCUCAAUGGGUUCAUCUUUAUUCUUGGAGGAGCUUAUGCACGGGCAACCACCAUCUAUGACCCAGAGAAAGGCAAUAUUAAAGCAGGUCCCAACAUGAACCACUCCAGGCAGUUCUGCAGCGCUGUGGUUCUCGACGGAAAAAUUUACGCCACCGGUGGGAUUGUUAGCAGCGAAGGACCUGCCCUGGGCAACAUGGAAGCCUACGACCCUAAAACGAAUACCUGGACACUUCUACCAAAUAUGCCGUGCCCUGUGUUUCGACAUGGCUGCGUAGUAAUCAAGAAGUACAUUCAGAGCGGCUGACACAACCGAGGAGUUGGACGGAGAACUGUUUGUACCUGUUGAGAGCAGGCAAGGAGAACACUACUACUAAUCACAAAAGCAGCAAAGACAGCCAGCCAGUGAACAUAUUGCUCUAAAGUCUUGAAUAGUGUCUACAUUGAAUGUAGAAAAAUCAUCCUCACCUUUUGGUGAACGAGGAGCAGAGAGCUCCGUGCUAUGUAAGAUAUUGUAACAAUAAUACAAGUGUGUCACUAGAUGUUAUAGUGGCACUUGUUCUGGACGUCGGCUUUUGGUCAACCCAGGUGCAAUAGAAUUUCACAUAUUUUUUAAGCUGGGGAAGAGAGGAAAAAAAAAAAAUCUGCAUUUUACUUCUAGAGCUCAAGCUUGAUUCUUAAAAUAACCGUGCAGAUUAGUUUUACUAUUACACUUUAGGCAUCAAUCUAUUUGAAAGGUCAAAGUGUCCUUACCACUUUGAUUCCUACAUUUGUUUUUAACAAAUACACGCUUUUCAAUACCAAUGACUGAGAGAAAUCUUGUGUGACAGAUGGCUUACAUUGAUGUCAGUCUUCCAUCAGAUCAAAUGAAUAUUUCAGUUCUCUAGAGCAGAGCCCAGAAGGGGGGAAGAGGCGGGGGCUGGGGAGAAGAGGAGCCAUCGGUAACACAAUUCCAUGUAAUAUGAGGGGGAAAAAAGGUCUGUUGGGCUGGAUGAAUUUCUGCUCCCGGCGAUACUUGUGUGGGCACGCACGCAUCUGUUGGCAGGGGGGCUUCUAGCGUUUCCUCACGGUUCCUGCUGACGAGCAAACCUGACAGUGCUCGAUCCCUGGAACACGAAAACCGUUUCCAAUCCAGAGGCAUCCUCCCGGUUCUGCGGAUCAGGGUGGUGGCAGCGUAGUGUGGGAUUCCCACCUUUUCAACAAGCAGAGGAGCAGAUGCCUCCGGCUGCGACUACGCACUCUGUUUUGGCUCUCAACCAAAAUUCCUUACGUUGGGACAGACGCCACUAUCGGUUCCUUUUAUGUAAAGUCUGAGAAGGUUUUUUAUUUUUGCUUUUUUUUUUUUUUUUUUUUAAGUUUCCCCAUAGGUGUGGAAAUCUUACCUUAUUUACAGAUUUUAAACACACAAGUUUAAAUCCCAUGGUAGAAAAAUGCAUAGACUUAAGCCCAGUAUAAGAGACAUAAAAUGAUUACUAUGUAGAGUUGUAAGUAUAUGCACAGCACAGGGGUUAUAUUUUUAUAUAUAUUAAAAUAUUGUCUAUCCAGAGAGCAUUGUGAUGUGGAAAUUCUUUAUAAAUUUAUACGUGGAAGGAUCAAAUGGGAGAUGGAGUGGGAAACACAGAGGGGGCAGGGGAAAGAUUCUUAAAGUUAACGAAUAGGAAGUAACCCCAAGCUAAGGAUUGCCUGAUUUCUUUCCAAGUAGAGGGAAAAAAGUUACCAUUCUUGCCUUUGCAGACUCCAAACUCCAAACACCAUGCCGGUAAUUCAAGCAGGAGGUCCUCUACAGGGUGUGGGUGAGAUCCUACAGUCAAUAUCUGGUUGAAUUUCAUACCAAAUACAUUCGCCUUUUUAUACUGAGGGAGGUCUGCCUACAGCUUUGGGGAAAUCAAUGCAGAUGUUAGCUAAUCAUCUUAUUUUAUUAAUAAUCGUUUAUAAAAUAAAAUAAAAUAAAUGAAAUUUGUAUCUUGCAGUAUUUAAAGAAAAAAAAAGUGCUCAAGUCAGCUGAGUCAAGCUCUCCGGUGACUCAAGUCUCUCAUUUUGACAGUGAGGUUCCAGCCUUUGUUAUGCAGUUGUUUUAUUUAUUCUUUAAAAAAAAAUAAUAAUAAGCACAACAAAAAUUAUAUACUAGUAUGUCAUUUAAAGUAUUUAUGUCAAACAGGGUGCAAGUGUGAACCUAACGAUUGGAGCACAAGUUUCUAACUGCCUGGGGCAGGACUAAUUUUAGUGUUGGUGUGUGUCUGCCUCCAAAGGAGGUGCUACCUGUCAGCAAGACCUAAACACAUUCAACAUUUCCAAUUUAGCUUAUUUCUUCAUUUCUCACACUGGAACAAAACUGGCUAUUUCUGUGAAUAAUAUUAAAAACAGGGUUAUCUGUAAUGGUAUUGUAUAUAGUUUAUGUUUACUGUUAAGUUCUUGUUAUAUUAUAAUAAAUAUAUUUAUAGAUCUAGA